ACUGCAUUCUGCAAUGGUUGAUUAAAAUUAGAAAUAUGAAUUAGUGUUAGUAAUUCAUGGACAUAACAGGGGGAAAAUUUUAAUGCGAUCGGAAUUUCACUUCAUUGUAAGGAACAUUCAGCUAAAGUUUGAUCUAUACUCGCGCUGAUUUACAUUCAAACACGUUAAGUUCUAAACAUAUUUCUAAUAGAAAUCUUCUGUCCUGAAGCAAUUUGGAACGACACGAUUACAUAUAAGAUGGUUGCUGUUGUGAAGACCCUUGACUACCUCGGCAACCGGCCCAGGCUAAUUGUUGCUGGAAAUUCCUUCCUGAUGAUAAUAUCGCCUUUGUUGAUCGCAAAAACUCCUGCCUUCUCAUGACGAAUACGGACAAGGAGACGUUUGAAGAACUAGACCUGGUCAAGUUGUUGCCAGACAAUUAUCGUAACUUGAAGGGUAAUGAAGUGAUAAAGCCAUCAGAUGUAAACAAAGGUUUUGAAGACGAUCAGCUCCUUAUAACUUUUACAGGAAAAGACUUCUCUUUUGCUGUUGCUUGUAAGCUCGAAAAGAAAAACGAAAGUUUCGUAUUGAUACCUGUAUUUCCACCAGUUAAAAUCUCCAACAGAACACGGUCAGUUAUAGCCAUUGACAGCGAUCAUGUCUGUGCAACAACAGAAUAUUAUGUUAUCAUUAAAAGAAAAGAUGACGACACGGACACUGAUGUCAAGUCACAUCCACGUGUUAAGCGUGACAGAGGUGGUCUAUUGAUGGCCGAUGGGCAGGGACGGUUUUAUUAUGGAGAUGGCGAUUGCUUUGUAGGUUGCCACUGGGAUGGUACGCAAAUUAGCGAAGAAUUCAGAGUAUCUGACCGUAGAAUGAAGUUUCCACAAGGUUCUGCCAUUGCCUCUUCAGGAAGAAUUCUUGUAUGUUGUGAUUCAUCCCAUACAAUCUACAGUAUUUCAUGCGAUGGAAAAGACUUCAAGGUCGUUCACUUUGAUGGCGAAAAGUGGUUUGGUGACAUAGAUUUCAACUCCAGCGGCAAGCAGUUUUUCACAUCAUUUUGGCACGACAAUAAGUGGCCAGUACUUUUUAAAUAUGAAGCCUGAAACAUGUUAUUACUGUAACUCCAAUGUAGAAUUUUAUCUUUUGCUGUGUUUCUUAGUUAUGUUUUUUUCUGGAAUUUUAAGUGAUAAUGUUAUUUAGUUCGUCCAUAUUCGUUGCAUUCUUGUGAUAUUAGAAAACUGUUGAUUAUUCAACUCUAACAACUUGAGUCAGCUAAAUAGUUUCCCCUGAAAUUAAUAAAAUCAGUAAAAAGAUC